CAGGUACUUGCAAGAUACCCUUAUCCAAAAGUCAAGCCAAUGACCCAAGUCUAUUUUCUAGGCCAUAAAUACAGAGCAGAAGAAAGUUCAAAAGGAAAACAAAAUAGAAAUCACCAAAAAUUCAAAAGUAAAUUCAACACUGCACCUGAUUGACAAGCAGAGAGGAAGAACAAAACACCUCUUUAUUCAACGUUAUUAAAUAAAGUUUAGUAUCCACCAAACUUUUCUCUCAACUCUAAAUCAAAAGAAAUUAGAGACGCAAACAACAUGAACAUUCCAAAUGUGUUGAUUGUACCAUAUCCCGUCCAAGGACAUGUCAAUCCCUUGAUGAACUUCUCACAAAAGUUGGUUGAGCAUGGAUGCAAAAUUACCUUUGUGAACACAGACUUCACCCACAAGCGGGUGAUGAAUUCAAUGGCCAAGCAAGAAAGCCAUGAUGAAUCACCAAUGAAGUUGGUCUCAAUCCCUGAUGGUUUAGGACCUGAUGAUGACAGAAGCGAUGUAGGUGAACUAUCUGUUUCCAUAUUAAGUACCAUGCCUGCCAUGCUAGAAAGGCUCAUUGAAGAUAUUCAUUUGAAUGGUGGUAACAAAAUCACAUGCAUAGUUGCUGAUGUGAUAAUGGGAUGGGCAUUGGAAGUUGGGAGUAAGCUAGGAAUCAAAGGAGUUCUCUUCUGGACAGCUUCAGCAACUAUGUUUGCCUUGCAGUACAACAUUCCUACGCUUAUUCAAGAUGGCAUCAUAGAUUCUGAUGGAUUCCCAAUUACACAAAGAACAUUUCAAAUAUCACCAAGCAUGCCUACUAUGGACACAGGAGUCAUUUGGUGGUCAAAAGUCUAUGAUCGAGAAACAGAGAAGAAAGUAUUUAAUUAUGUAGUACACUGUACUCAAAAUUCAAAUCUGGCUGAGUGGUUCAUCUGCAACACCACAUAUGAACUUGAACCUAAAGCAUUAUCUUUUGUUCCAAAGCUCCUACCAGUUGGUCCAUUAUUGAGAAGCUAUGACAAUACAAAUACCAAUGCAAGUUCAUUGGGGCAGUUCUGGGAAGAAGAUCACUCUUGCUUAAAUUGGCUGAAUCAACAACCUCAUGGUUCUGUGUUGUAUGUUGCCUUUGGUAGUUUCACUCAUUUUGACCAAAACCAAUUCAAUGAACUAGCUCUUGGACUAGACCUCACCAGUAGACCAUUUCUUUGGGUUGUACGUGAAGACAAUAAGUUGGAAUACCCUAAUGAAUUCUUGGGGAAUAGAGGCAAGAUUGUUGGUUGGACUCCUCAACUGAAGGUAUUAAAUCACCCUGCCAUAGCUUGUUUUGUUAGCCAUUGUGGAUGGAAUUCUAUCAUGGAAGGUUUGUCUAAUGGGGUACCCUUCUUGUGUUGGCCUUAUUUUACUGACCAAUUUUACAACAAAACUUACAUUUGUGAUGAGUUGAAGGUUGGACUGGGAUUAAACUCAGAUGAAAAUGGACUUGUGUCAAGGUGGGAGAUUAAGAAGAAAUUGGACCAACUACUUAGUAAUGAACAAAUAAGAGCAAGGUGUCUAGAAUUGAAAGAAACGGGCAUGAACAACAUUGAAGAAGGUGGUGGAUCUUCAAAGAAUAUUAGUAGAUUCGUUAACUGGCUGAAAUCUUGAAAAUAUAGGGAGUGUGUAUAGUUGUGACCAUGCAGUAUUCUUGAAGAUGGAAGUGUUUCUCUUUAUUUGUUAAGUUGAUCUUGGAUUCUUGGCUAUGGUGUUAUCUAUUAUGAAAUAUAGAUUUCUUAAAUUUGAUCUAUCAUAUGACAAGGUCAAUAAUGCACGUGGCUUAAACUUAAAAGUGAUGUUCCCCUUUUCUUGGUAAGAGUGAUGCUGUAAUUUUAAUGAUGCUAAGCUACGAAAUUCAUGAUGUGAAAUUUUCAAGCAUGUUGAUAUGGAAUAUUAGUUGUGUUUGUUACA